AUGCUGGACCCGUCCUCCAGCGAGGAAGAGUCCGAUGAGCUGCUGGAAGAGGAGCGGCGGGACGUGCUGGUGGCGGCGGGCGGUGGCUCUCCGCGCUCGCUGCCGCCGCCGCCCCGGGACCCGCGGGGCAGGGAGUCCGGCGCGACGCGGGCGGCGAGUCCCAGCCCCAGCCCCUCGGUGCUGAGCGAGGGCCGGGAUGAGCAGGAACGCCUGCAGCGAGAGGAGCGGGAGAAGCGGCUCCGGCUGCAGCUCUACGUGUUUAUCGCCAGGUGCAUCGCGCACCCCUUCAACGCCAAGCAGCCCACGGACAUGGCCCGCCGGCAGCAGAAGCUCAAUAAGCAGCAGCUGCAGGUCCUGAGGGAACGUUUCCUGGCCUUUUUGAAUGGGGAGACACAAAUUGUAGCAGAUGAAGCAUUUUGCAAUGCUGUGCGAAGUUACUAUGAGGUAUUUCUCAAGAGUGACCGGGUUGCAAGAAUGGUCUACAGUGGAGGAUGUUCUGCAAGUGACUUUAGAGAUGUUUUUAAGAAAAACAUAGAAAAAAGAGUCCGAAGUUUGCCAGAAAUUGAUGGAUUAAGCAAAGAGACUGUGCUAAGUUCUUGGCUAGCCAAAUAUGAUGCCAUAUACAGGGGAGAAGAGGACUUUUGCAAACAGCCAAAUAGAAUGUCCUUAAGUGCUGUAUCGGAGCUGAUUUUGAGCAAGGAACAGCUUUAUGAAAUGUUUCAGCAGAUUCUAGGAAUCAAAAAAUUGGAACACCAGUUGAUUUAUAAUGCCUGCCAACUGGAUAAUGGAGAUGAGCAAGCAGCCCAGAUCAGACGUGAACUAGAUGGCCGACUACAACUGGCAGAACAAAUGGCAAGGGAAAGAAAAUUCCCAAAAUUCAUAACAAGAGAAAUGGAGAACAUGUACAUUGAAGAGUUGAGAUCUUCAGUGAAUUUGCUGAUGGCAAAUUUGGAAAGUCUUCCAGUCUCUAAAGGUGGACCAGAAUUUAAACUGCAGAAGUUAAAGCGGUCACAGAAUUCUGCGUUCUUGGACAUUGGAGAUGAAAAUGAGGUUCAGUUGUCAAAGUCUGAUGUGGUCCUCUCCUUCACAUUAGAGAUUGUUAUAAUGGAGGUGCAAGGUUUAAAGUCAGUUGCUCCCAAUCGAAUUGUCUACUGCACCAUGGAAGUGGAAGGGGGUGAGAAGCUUCAGACAGACCAAGCAGAAGCUUCCAGGCCACAAUGGGGAACCCAAGGAGAUUUCACCACUACUCACCCUCGGCCUGUUGUCAAAGUAAAACUCUUUACAGAAAGCACUGGGGUGCUGGCACUUGAAGAUAAAGAACUGGGAAGAGUAGUGUUGUAUCCAACAUCCAAUAGCCCAAAGUCACCUGACCUGCAUAAAAUGAUUGUCCCCAAAAACAGCCAGGACAGUGACUUGAAGAUUAAAUUGGCAGUGAGAAUGGAUAAACCACCCCACAUGAAGCACUGUGGAUAUUUGUAUGCUCUAGGACAGAAGGUUUGGAAACGGUGGAAAAAACGCUACUUUGUUCUUGUUCAGGUUAGCCAGUACACAUUUGCAAUGUGCAGUUACAGAGAAAAGAAAUCUGAGCCUCAGGAACUGAUGCAACUCGAAGGAUACACUGUGGAUUAUACAGCUCCUCAUGCAGGUCUUCAAGGUGGUCGAAUGUUUUUCAAUGCUGUUAAAGAAGGUGAUACUGUGGUAUUUGCCAGUGAUGAUGAACAGGAUAGAAUACUCUGGGUUCAAGCCAUGUACAGAGCCACAGGUCAAUCAUACAAACCUGUUCCUGCAAGCCAGGCUCAGAAGAUGAAUCCUAAAGGAGGGAACGCUGACACAGAUGUAUCCCUACUUUAUACAGACCGUGGUCAGAAACAUGGCAUGGAUGAGUUUAUUUCUGCUAAUCCCUGCAAAUUUGACCAUGCUUCCCUCUUUAGACUGCUUCAGAGGCAGACCUUGGAUCACAGACUGAAUGACUCCUAUUCUUGUUUGGGUUGGUUUAGCCCAGGUCAAGUCUUCGUAUUAGAUGAAUACUGUGCUCGCUACGGAGUCAGAGGCUGUCACCGCCAUCUCUGCUAUCUCAGUGAAUUGAUUGAACAUUCAGAAAAUGGUUCUGUCAUUGAUCCAACCUUGCUCCACUACAGUUUUGCAUUUUGUGCUUCUCAUGUUCAUGGGAACAGGCCAGAUGGAAUUGGAACUGUAUCUGUUGAAGAGAAAGAAAAGUUUGAAGAAAUAAAGGACAGACUUUCCUCCCUUUUAGAAAACCAAAUAAGCCAUUUCAGAUACUGUUUCCCUUUUGGGCGUCCUGAAGGAGCUUUAAAAGCCACACUUUCAUUACUUGAAAGGGUUUUAAUGAAAGAUAUUGCCACUCCCAUACCAGCAGAAGAGGUGAAGAAAGUGGUUAGAAAAUGUCUGGAGAAGGCUGCCUUGAUCAAUUACACUCGACUUACAGAAUAUGCCAAAAUAGAAGAGAGCAUGAACCAAGCAACACCUGCUAGAAAAUUGGAAGAGGUUCUUCACCUUGCAGAACUCUGUAUCGAAGUCUUGCAGCAAAAUGAAGAGCAUCAUUCAGAGGCAUUUUCUUGGUGGCCAGAAUUAUUGGCUGAGCAUGCAGAGAAGUUUUUGUCUCUGUAUUCUGUUGAUAUGGAUUCUGCACUCGAGGCACAGCCACAGGACUCCUGGGACAGCUUCCCACUUUUCCAGCUGCUGAAUAACGCCCUCAGAAAUGACACCUUUUUGUGCAAUGGGAAGUUUCACAAGCACUUGCAAGAAAUUUAUGUUCCCAUGGUCGUCCGCUACAUCGAUCUCAUGGAAUCAUCAAUUGCCCAAUCCAUUCACAGAGGUCUGGAACAAGAGUCAUGGCAACCUGUCAACAAUGGCUCAGCUACAUCAGAAGAUCUUUUCUGGAAAUUGGAUGCUCUGCAGAUGUUUGUUUGUGAUCUUCACUGGCCAGAACCAGAAUUUGCCCACCAUUUAGAGCAGAGACUUAAACUCAUGGCCACUGACAUGAUAGAAGCCUGCGUUAAAAGAACAAGAAUUGCAUUUGAACUCAAGCUGCAAAAGACAAACAAAUCAACAGACUUGCGUAUCCCUUCUUCUCUCUGUACAAUGUUUAAUGUCUUAGUUGAUGCCAAAAAGCAGACGGCUAAACUCUGCAUACUGGAUGGGGGGCAAGAGUUUGCUAGUCAAUGGCAACAAUACCAUUCAAAAAUAGAUGACUUGAUUGAAGAAACUGUUAAAGAAAUUAUUUCAUUGCUUGUUUCAAAGGUUGUUUCAGUGUUAGAAGGUGUGCUGUCUAAAUUGUCACGAUACGAUGAAGGCACUUUCUUCUCAUCAUUAGUUUCUUUCACUGUGAAAGCAGCUGCAAAAUACGUUGACGUUCCUAAACCAGGGAUGGAUCUAGCAGAUACCUACAUUAUGUUUGUUCGACAAAACCAGGACAUACUUCGAGAAAAGGUCAACGAGGAAAUGUACAUAGAGAAGGUAUUUGAUCAAUGGUAUAGCAACUCCAUGAAAGUCAUAUGCAUGUGGUUGGCUGAUAGAUUAGACCUUCAACUUCACAUCUACCAGCUGAAGACUCUCAUCAAGAUAGUGAAGAAAACCUACCGAGACUUCAGAUUGCAAGGUGUGCUGGAGGGAACACUGAACAGUAAAACCUACGACACCGUUCACAGCCGUCUGACCGUGGAGGAGGCCACAGUCUCAGUCACAGAUGCUGGGGGACUCCAGGGCAUUACUAUGAAAGACAGUGAUGAGGAGGAAGGAUGAUAUUAUUUCACCAAGCAUUUGGGUUUCAGGGGUGAUGGUCUGAGGGUGGGGGUUCUCUUUGGCUUGGGGUUUUUUUGGUAACUUGUCCUUGUAGUUGCAUUUAGAGUUUUGCCUUAUGAUAUAGGUGCAGAAAUGUAAUUUGCUCCAUUUUUUAAAAAACUGAAAGAAAGUUUGUAAGGGGAAAAGUGCCAAGGACUUUUUGAGAACAAUGGUUGUAGCAUAUUUUUAUGUAUAGCUUUGCUUAGGGCUGCAAGAACACUGGCAUGGAGUUUGAGUUCCACUUGUGGUUAUGUUUCUUUCCCUUUUGUUUGUUACCAUUUGUUCUUGUAUCUCCAUCAGAUAUUGAUGUCCUGUGGAAAGCAAAAUGUGUGCCUCACUUAAAAUCCAACUAAACAGGCAAUCAUUCUUGGAUAAGUUGGUGCCCUAGGUUAAAAAAAAUAGUGUAUUUUUCAGGAUUACACUUGAUUUACCUUUUCUGUGCAUAAUUUUACAUUAUUAUGUGAUGUGCAUAAAAAUUUUAAUCUUGGUUCUUUGUGUUUUGAGGUUGGUACUUAAGUAGUAAGACUUCAAGGACAGUCAAACACAUAAAAACAACCUAGAAGUAUUGUUGUGUCUAUUCAUUUUGCAAGUUUGAAGAUAUCUCAUCAUGUUGAAUGUCACUAAGCUUGCCAUCAGUGUUUCUGUUUCUGUGGAAAAUUUCAGGCAAUAAGAACACAUUUUGUCGUGGCCAUUUCUGUAUCUAACCAAGUUUGUAUAGAAUUCUACAAUUAAAAGAUGUUUU